UUCCUUCCCACUCACUCUCAUCACUGAGCUCUCUUACUCUUAGUCCUGAUUAUAUCUUCGGUUGCUGAUUUUUCUCUUGAAAAAGAAAACCAAGACAAGAAAUGGAGAGGAAGAGAAGCAAACUGCAGGCUUCUCUGCUACUGUGGGCAACAGUGGCAGUUUUGCUUUCUCAAAACUUGCUCGUUUCUGCCAUUUCUGCAGCCACAGUUGAAGAUCAGAAGAACUACUAUCCUCCUGAUCCAAAUGCAGGAACUCCCCAUACAGGUUCACCAAGUCACAAUCCACCACACAGUUCAGGAGGUGGACAUGGAUCAACACCCUCACAUGGAGGUGGAGGUGGAGGUGGAAGCUAUGGAACGCCACCAGCAAACUGUGGUACACCACCAAGUGAAGGCCCUGCUACUCCUACCCCAUCCACUCCCUCAGGAGGUGGAGGAUCCUACCAACCUCCUCCCACUACGCCUUCAACACCAACCCCUAUUGUAAACCCUCCUAUCGUAAACCCACCUACCAUUGUUAGCCCACCGACAACUCCAGGCAUCGAGCCUGGCACCCCAACCAUUCCUGGCGUCACUGUCCCUCCUGCACCUCCAUAUGGAUUUGAUCCUAACUCUCCACCUUUCUCAUGCAACUACUGGAGGACUCACCCAACUUUGAUUUGGGGUCUGCUUGGCUGGUGGGGAACAGUUGGUCAAACCUUGGGCGCCAGUAGCAUUCCUGGCUUUGGUUCAAACAUGAGUGUUCUGCAAGCUCUUUCAAACACCCGUACUGAUGGCUUUGGAGCUCUCUACAGGGAAGGCACAGCUUCUUUUCUCAACUCCAUGGUGCACAGGAAUUUCCCGUACACAACCCAACAGGUCAGGGACACGUUUGUUGGAGCACUGAGCUCAAACAAGGCAGCAGCCCAUCAGGCACAGCUCUUCAAUCUAGCCAAUGAGGGUCGAGUGAAAGCUUAGAGCUUGAAAAUUUGUCAUUUGUUAAGCCGUAGUCACUUACUAUUUGCGUACAUUAUAUUGGUGGGCUCGUUAUGAUGUUUCUGUUCUCAUUAGUGUGUCUGAUUUGACGUAUGAAUUCUAUGUUUGUUUAGUUAUCAUCAAAGUUAAGGAUUUCUAUGUUUGAUUUGGUAUGAUGUUACAGAGUCUAGACGGGAUAGCAAGCAUAUGUAGUUUUAUUUCAUACUAUUAUGAAUAAACAUUGUGUAUUUGUAUGUGUA